GUUCAGUUCAGUUAAAAACGUUGUGUUUGUUAGUACGCAUUGAAGAAUAACGAUUACAUUAUUUGUUUUCAUUUUGGUUCUUAUUAUGCAAGUAUCAAAGAAGAUUGGUCUGGAUCCUAGCAUUAAGGAUUUGGCACUUGAUCCGGCCUCAUGGCCUGCCGGGUUACAAUUCCGAGAGUUUGUUGACCUGGCAAAAAACUAAUUCAUCACAGCUCUGCGGUUUCUGACGUCACCACUACAUCACUGGCCCCGGGACACUCCGUAACAAGUAUUGAGGAAGCCCCUACACCGCCCAACUUAGUCGUGCUCUCUUCUAACGCCAGUCAUUAUCGUCGUCCCGGUCCUACAGUUGGUGUUGGUAAAAGGGGCUUCCUACCUGCAACAGCAGCAAUUGCUGCUCAUCCUCUUUUUUGUUCGAUGCCUCUACAUUGGAUCCGGGACAACCAGUAACAGGUAUUGAGGAAGUUCCCUCGCCACCCGACCCAGUCGUGCCCUUUAUCAACAUCUGCCAUCACCAUUGUCCCGGUCAUGUGGUCGGUGUUGGUCCAGGGAGCUUCCGGCCUGUAAGUUCAGGAAACUAUGGCUCAAACACCUGUACAACGGUGGUAUUCAGCAAAAACUAUAUUCAUCACUGGUGGAUCUGGAUUUAUGGGAAAGGUUCUUAUUGAAAAAAUUAUGUAUGCGUGUCCUGAUGUUCGAUCGAUUUAUAUCUUACUUCGGUCAAAACGAGGCAAAAGUCCACAAGCUCGCAUUGACGAUUGGUAUAAAUUGCCGGUAUUUCAGCGCAUCAAAAAUGAGAAACCAGAUGUGUUUAAGAAAUUGAUACCAAUUCAGGGUGAUGUGACACAAGAUGGACUCGGAAUUGCCAUCGAGGAUUUGAAGAGACUUAGAGAAGAGACUGAGGUAGUUUUUCACUGUGCUGCAACUCUCAAAUUAGAAGCCAAACUGAAGGACGCCAUUGAGAUGAACACCGUAGGCACAAAGCGAUUAUUGGAUAUAUGCAAACAAAUGAAAAAACUACAAGUACUACUUCAUAUGUCGACUGCAUUUUGCUGUUGCGACAAGGAGGUUUUGAAUGAACGGGUGUAUGAUUUUCACCAUAGCCCAUACGAUUUAAUGCGAUUGAUAGAGUGGAUGGACGAGAAAAGCUUAGAUUCAAUAACGGCGGAUUUGAUGAAACCCCAUCCCAAUACUUAUACGUAUUCGAAGCGUUUAACUGAACGUCUUGUAAAUGAUUACUAUCCGGAGCUUCCUUUAUGCAUCGUCAGACCAAGCAUUGUUUGUCCAGCAAAUAAGGAACCAGUGGAAGGAUGGGUGGACAGCCUGAACGGCCCCGUUGGCAUAAUGGUAGCAGGAGGUAAAGGAGUUAUUCGUUCAAUGCUUUGCAAUGGCGAAUAUAAUGCCGAAGUUAUCCCUGUGGAUAUUGCUAUAAACGGACUGAUUACUAUCGCUUUCACCCUAGGACAAAUGAAAGAAUUGCCGAAAGAUAUUCCAGUGUAUAACGUAACUUGCAGAGAAACGAAAAGAACGACGUGGAAGGAAGUGCUGGAAAUUGGUAAAGCAACAGCUUAUGAAUAUCCUUUCGAAGCCGGGGUUUGGUAUCCAGAUGGAGAUAUAACAAUGAACAGAAUAUAUCACACAAUGUGCGUUGUAUUAUUUCAUUGGAUUCCUGCCUAUUUUAUAGAUUUCCUCAUGUUUUGCUUCGGACAGAAAAGAUUCAUGUGUCGUGUCCAGACGAUGGUAACUCAAGGAUUGGAGCUGUUGCAAUUCUUUACUACACGGCAAUGGGAUUUCAAAUCACAACAAUAUCAAGCUAUUGCGAACAAUCUCACUCCGAAAGACAACGAGUUAUUCGAUAUGGACGUUGAUAAGAUAGAUACUAGGGAUUAUGUCAAACGAAUUAUCCUCGGUGGUCGCCAAUAUUGUUUGAAAGAGCCGCUGUCCAGCUUGCCAAAAGCUUGUAUGCAGCUCAAAGCUCUCUAUGUGUUAGAUAAAGUUGCAAAAGCAUUUAUAAUUGGUCUGCUGCUUUGGGCUUGUUGCUCUCUAAUAGGGAUGGAUGAAACAUUUCGGCGGAUGGUAUGGAAUUAAAUCUAGAAUAAAUAGUGAUUGAAAUUAAGAAAGCUGUUAUGAACUCUCAAGCAGAUGCAAUUUAUAAUGAAGUAUUUUUAUUUGCGCAGUGGUGUUGGAAAAGUUGUGAUCUUUUUUUGAGAUUUAUUUUUAUUGUAUAGAAUAAAUGAAUGAAUGAAUAAAGAAAAAUUGAUAGUUAGAUGUAUUUUUUUUAAAUAAGAGAUCCAUAUUCUAGUUCUAAAGGGUCUGGCCGGGUAUGGAAAAAGGGACCCCAAACCAAAUCACCCGCUCUACGGAAAAUAGAGUUCAUAUGUAAAAAAAUGUUUUCCGUGAUUUUUUUUGAUAAUAAACAUUUCAUUUAAAUUGAUUUGGAACUACUUUUUUUGCAAAAACUGCAAUUUUUUUGUGUGAGCUAUAUUGGGUCACUUCAGUAAAAAUAGGUAUAUAAUUAACAUCCCUAAAUUUAGUGUUAAAUAUGUUCGUAUGUGAUUUUUGAUAUUUUUUAUUUUCUUUUUCAGAAAAUUUCGAGAACUUCGCGGCGCCAAAAUAUCCAAUAUUUAGAAAAAAUAAUCAUUUUCUAAUAUUUUGUUAUUAUCCUAAAAUCUAUAAUUGUAUUGUAUUCAUGUGUUCGUUAAAAGUACCUCCAAAUAUUAUCACCAGCGCUAUUGAAAAUGUUGUAUAAGGUAUCAAAUAAGAAAAAUUAAUAAUUUUUUUGAAUCCCUAUAUCCCUAUAUCCCUAUAGUCAAAAACGUUUUUUUUUUCUUUUUUCACCCCAUACUCAAUAGGAAUGUAAAUGAAAAUUCGAGAAAAUACUUAAUGUAGAUGAGGUGUACCACGACGAAUUAUAAAAAUUUAAUAUAGAAAAUGAAAUUUUUAAAAUUAAAGUAAUUUAUUGGUAUUUUUUUUUUUUUAAUUUCAGAUUUUUUAAAAUUUUAGAUCCAUUAAAACAUAAUUUUCAUUUAAAUGUACCUGUUUUUGAUCGUGUUUUUCCAGAACUUUGGAGCGUUUUGCGGUACAAUUUUUAAUAAUUUGAAAUUUUGGAAUUAUUUAAUUAUGUUUUGAGACACAAUACUUAUUUGUUCGUACUUGUUUCUUUAUAUUAAUGAUUGUUUCACAAUGUAUCGAGUAUUGAACGUACUAUUUAAAGGCAAUUCUUGAAUACAGUCAUAAAAAAUUGAUUUUUCGUUGGAAAAAGUAUAUUGAUUCAGGAGGGACAUAUUUUGAGGCGAUAAUAUGAAUUUAGACGAUAAAUAAAGUAUUUGCUAUAAAAACACGAAUUCCCGAUAUAAAUUUGAAAGAAUGUAUCACAUAUUUAGUGAACAUAGAGUUGUGAAAUCAAAACACGAAACAUAGAAUAUUCCCAAUUGUGACAGUAGAGCGGUGAAAAUUUUGUGACAAUAAACAUAUAAAAUACCAAAUGUCAUAUAACACCUAAACACGGACGAAUUUAACAAAACUUGUAAAAAAAUAAUACUUAAUUAUUUUCCACAAUCUGACCAAAAACGUCACUGAUAGGGGAUAUCCACUUGAAAUCAGGCCCUGACUACAUGAGCAUCUGCCAACAAAGCUUCCGCAUCUUUGCCAGAAGACUGAGGAGAUGUAACAGCAGCUUGUAGUAAAUCAAUUGUUUUAAAAUGUUUUCCUAAUUUUUACAGUCUGCAUUUUUUAAUUUUUAUGAAAUCGAUGAUUAAUAAAAUCGUAAAUUUAAAAUCAUAAGACUAGACCUGUUCUAUUAUAGAAUUAUCCAAUUUCGUAUAACAAAAGUUCGAAAUGUCCAAUAAAAUUUGAUGGUUAUUUUAUCAUAGUAAGAACUAUGAGUAUAGGGUGUCUCCGUAGCCACAUUGGUUGCGCGUUCGCUUAGUAAGCGAUCGAUCGUGAGUUCAAAACUCAGGGCCCUUAUUUGACCAUCUUUGUGUUGUUACAGAAUAACUACGUCCACGCAACAAUCAUCAGCGAUGGAGAUCGAUCCACGGUCGAAAUUAGAUCGAUUCAUCCAUACAACUGCUCUGCUCUGCAAGAAACAUCGGGCUGCUGUUCUAUAAAUAACUCAACAAUGAUCAAUCAACUGUCUCCGCUGUCCGGUCUAACUGGAUAAUAGAAGAACAAACGCCUAAAUGGCUACUGUGUAAAAAUGUGUACCAUAUGCAAUGGUAUAGAAGGGGAUACUCUAACGCCGAAAAAUGGCAACUGUGUAAUGUGCUAAUUAUAGAUAUGAUAAAGAUGUGACAUGUACACGAUUAAAAUUCGGCUUUGUUACAGCUAAAAUGCUAAUGAGCCUAAAAUAAAACAAAAGGGAUAAAAAAAACUAUGAGUAUACUAUUAUACACAAAAAUGCUAGAAAAUUGCAAGAAAAACGAAAAUAAAAAAAUAUUUAAAAUUUAUUAGAUAUUUUUGUACCGUGCAGUUCUCGAAAUAUACUGAAAGAAUAUCACCAAUAUCAACAAAUAUA